UUUUGUCCACGUGUGUAGCACUUUUGCCUUGCAGUAAGAAGGUCUCCGGUUCAAAUCCUGGCCUGGGCCUGGGAUCUUUCUGCAUGGAGUUUGCAUGUUCUCACUGUGCUUGUGUGGGUUUUCUCCGGGCACUCCGGCUUCCUCCCACAGUCCAAAAACAUGCUGAGGUUAAUUGGUUACUCUAAAUUGCUCUUGGGUGUGAUUGUUUGUCUGUAUAUGUAGCCCUGCGACAGACUGGCAACCUGUCCAGGGUGUCCCCUGCCUUCGCCCGAGUCAGCUGGGAUAGGCUCCAGCACCCCCCGUGACCCGAGUGGGGAUAAAGUGGUGUAUAGAGAAUGAUGGAUGGAUGGAACCUGAAAACUACACCCAUGUGAUGGUCAAGACCAAACUUUAUCUUUAAAAUUGGCUCAGAGGCACGUGUUGCCAUAGUAACCGACAAAGAUUAAUAAAACUUUAUAGCUGGGACAAGGACAAGCUGCACCACAACUAGGACUGAAAAUUUAGGACUUGCCUAAAUUUAGAUUUGACUGAUCUGGUUGGUUAUCUCUUGUUCUGGAAUAACCCACUUGUGAUGUGCUGUAUAAGAUCGCGUCACAAAAUCAGGUUUAUGACUUUUUGAAACAGUUUCUUAUGAAGGUCAGAUUCAAUCUAAACAUGUCUAAAAGCCCCAAAUGUUCUCAACCAAAGCAAAAUGCAUUUCUGCCUCUCUUUGGUAACUUUUAAUGUCGCUCUGCCCUGAGCCUCCAUCCCACUCUGGCCCAGCUGUUCGCAGAGCUUUGAGUUUCCCAAGGCCCCCAGUGCCCUGGCUCGGGACACCCUCUCAGUGCUGCACUCCCCCAGGCCUGACUGCCUGCCUGCCUGCUCUUCUUGGCAACCAAACAGCCAUGGGAGGAUCAGGAUGACCGGGCGGCUGAGAUAAGGACCACAUGAAGUUCCCCACAUUACCUCACCCGAUAAGGAAACAAGCGGAGAGAGACGGAGAGGCAGAGCGAGAGUCAGACUGGGAGGAAUUCUGCGGAUGGACAGUGAUGUGCAGAGAGGCAGCCGCUGGUUGUGGAGUUUUCACCAGUUGUUGGAGGGUCUGAGAGGAACUUUGGUCCUGCAGAUGCCUCGUGAACUCUGGAGAGGAGCUUGGAGAUGCCUGAACAGAUAGAAAUCAUCUCAAAAAUGACACCAGAAGGCUGUUCACCAAAGAAAAUCUAGAUCAGACUUCAAAGUCGAACCCUGACCAGAUGGGAAGAUGACCUCAGACUGUGUGUUUUGUUGUGCAUUCACUAAAAUAUCUCGUAGAAGAUAAUAAUUUCCACAACAACCUCCAGCGCUUGAAAGAAAACCUCCAUCCAGCCAAUGAAAAUAGACGGAACAAAAGUGAUUUAAGUUCUCAAGAUUUUGCCUGGGAGGCCACUUCGGCAGCAUCCAUGGCGGUGAAUCCUCUGGAAGGUCUCAUGUCGGUUGCAGUGAACCACCAGCUGGUCUCCACAGAUCCACAGAACCAGCAGCCUCCUGCAAAUGACAGCCCAGCAUCCCUGCUCGGACUCCGGCAGAACUCACGGAGCAGCCGGGAGUCCAGGAAGUGGCAGGUGCAGUCUGUGUAUGGGUCCAGGUCAAACUCUGGUUCUGGUUGUGGUUCUGUGGUCCAGAACAGGGCGCUGAGGAGUCAGCACUCCCCAGAAAACGCAGCUCGAGAGAGGAGUCGCGUUCGCAACUUGCGGCAGGCCUUCCACAGUCUGCAGGCAGCUCUGCCCUCAGUACCUCCGGACACAAAGCUCUCCAAGCUGGAUGUUCUGGUUCUGGCCACUAACUACAUCGCUUACCUGACAGAGACUCUGGACCAGGGAGGGACUCUAGCUGAGCACAGUCUGUCCUCCAGGCCGGGAGGAUACCUGCACCCUGUUAAGAAGUGGCCCAUGCGUUCACUGCUGUACUGCGGCAGCGUAGGAGAGCUGCUGUCGGCCAAUCAGACGCCUCCACCUGGACGGGACGGGACACACCCUCUGACCUCUACCUUAGACGCUGAUAAAGAGUGAUAGCAGGACAAUGACGUAACUUUCACCGUGUUUUUUAACUCCAGUCUUAACCAGUGAGGUAGCUACUAUUGAUCAAUGCAAAGUGUGAGUUUUGAUCAGUGACUUUCAACACUACUUUCAAAGCACCUGCUUCGUAGUUGCAGAUGUUUCAACGAAGCAGAAAAUGAAAGAAGUACUUUAGGUCUUCUAGAAGUUAAAAGAAGGCACAAAUUUAAGCACUGUGAAUGGAAAAUGGAAAAUAUAAAUGGUUUUUAAAGCUUUAUUUAAUCUAAAUAUGAAGGUUGGUACUUAAUGUAACCCGCAGCCAUUGUUAAUUCAUAUUUUAAUUUAGAAACAGGCUGUAUGUCUUCAUUAAACCAAAAUGAACGUUUUGUGGGAUUUGUGCAGACAUUUGGAGGGAAAAAAGUUUUCUCACAAGUUAACACUCACAACGCCGAGGUUUAGAUUUAGAUUUGUUGAAAAUGUUCCAUCAUUAUCUAAGCAACAGACAGCAGCAGUAAUGGAUUUACAACAAGGAAAUGAAAAAUCUGCUUCACUUGACUAAUUACACCACAAAUCACUACAUGGAAGAACAGUGUGUAACCUGUUAUCGUGAUUUAGAAGCUUUACAGUGUUUUAUUGUUUUUCAACGUUAAUUUCACAGUAUGGAAGAGUUCAGUCACCUGUGUGCUUUUUAUAUAUUUUGAAGAAAUAAAAUUUAUGUUUGUGAGGAUUUUCUUCCUUUUUAUGUGUGUGUGUGUGUGUGUGUGUGUGGGAGUGAAAGGACGGACAGAUAGACGAGCACUGAGGGAGGAUUGUUGUGGGAACACAGCAGCUGUCUGACCGUUUCAUAUCGGACCACUUAGUUCUCAUUACAGCUCUGCAACCUUUCACUUCCACUAAAACACCAGCUACAAAAACGGCUCGUGUGUGUCGGUUAUUGCUUCGAGAAGGACUGACGCUGUCUGCGGUACGAUGAGAAGGUCUGCAGUGCCAAGAUUGAAUGGUCGAUUGCUGGGUUUGGCUCCUUCCCACUGCUGUAAAAUACUUGCUCAAAGUGAAUCAAAAAGGGAACUUUGGAUUGUUGGGUUCUCUCUGUAAGAUCUUCCCCUUGCUAUGUGAAGUGCUAUGGGAUGACAUAUGUUGUGAAUUGGUGCUAUAUGAAUAAAACUGAAUUGAAUAGAA